CACUCGGUGGGAUCGGGGUCGUUUCCUUCCCAGUGUUUUGAAUGACGGGCUCCUCAAGUUGAAUGACAGACCUCCGUGGUCCUCCCUGACUCUGAAGACGCUUUUUGUGAGAUGCAGAGUCACUGACUGCAGGAUUAAACGUUAGGGAACGCAAGUCCUUUAACUGCUUCAGCAUCAUGAUGGCUUCUUGGGAUGCGAACCAAGUGUUAAUUAAUUACAGCAGGACUCGUGCCUAUGGAUGUUUCCGGGAAUGAUUGGUUUCACACGGGUCUGGGCUUAAAUUGGAUCACUCUCUGGUCACAAGUAAAUUCUGAAUGUGGCCGUGGAAUCUCUGUAUCCUUUCUUUUUUGGUCUUGUUGAUACUUCCCGAGUUUGAUGGAGCAAAACAAAAAGUUUUGAGAUUUUUGACUAACGUAGGCACGUGCCUCAGCUUCAAUCUGGGAAUUCUUUAAGUGAAACGUAUUUAAAAUCUUAGACCGUACCGGAAGAGAGCCCAGUCAACAAUAAGGUGGAAAAGAAUGAUGUCCUUAAACAAUCUACAGAAUGUCAUCUAUAACCCGGUAAUCCCCUAUGUUGGGACCAUUUCUGAGCAAUUGGAGCCGGGAACUUUGAUUGUACUACGUGGGCAUGUUCCUAGUGACUCGGACAGGUUCCAGGUGGACCUGCAGUGUGGCAGCAGCGUGAAACCCCGAGCGGAUGUGGCCUUCCAUUUCAAUCCACGCUUCAAAAGGGCCAACUGCAUUGUCUGCAACACUCUGAGAAAUGAGAAGUGGGGCAGGGAGGAGAUCACCUACGACAUGCCUUUCAAGAAAGAGAAGUCGUUCGAGAUUGUGAUCAUGGUGCUGAAAGAGAAGUUCCAGGUGGCUGUCAAUGGAAAGCACACCCUGCUGUAUGCCCACAGGAUCAGCCCAGAGAGGAUCGACACGCUGGGUGUUUACGGCAGCGUCAUCCUUCACUCUGUGGGCUUCAGCUUCAGCUCGGAUUUAGGAAGUACCCAAGGAUCUACUCUGGAACAGACAGGGAUAAGUAAAGAAAAUGUACAAAAGUCUGGCGGGUCACAGCUUCCUAGUAAUAGAGGAGACAUUUCUAAAAUCGUCCCCAGAACUGUCUACACCAAGAGCAAAGGUUCGCCAGCCAAUCACACUUUGACUUGCACCAAAAUACUACCUAUCAACUGUUUGUCAAAGACUCUGCCGUUCGUAGCAAGGUUGAACUCCUCCAUGGGCCCUGGACGGACUGUCGUCAUAAAAGGAGAAGUAAAUACAAACGCCAAAGGCUUUACUGUUGAUCUGCUAUCAGGAAAAUCCAAGGAUAUUGCUCUCCACUUGAACCCACGCCUGAAUAUGAAAGCAUUUGUAAGAAAUUCUUUUCUUCGGGAGGCCUGGGGAGAAGAAGAGAGAAAUAUUACCUGUUUCCCUUUUAGUCCUGGGAUGUACUUUGAGAUGAUAAUUUACUGUGACGUGAGAGAAUUCAAAGUCGCGGUAAACGGUGUCCACAGCCUGGAGUACAAGCACAGAUUUAAGGAGCUGAGUAAAAUCGACACGCUGGAGAUCGACGGGGACAUCCACUUGCUGGAAGUGCGGAGCUGGUAGCUGACACAAGGCUGCCAACGCUGACCUACAGCAUGACCUCUGUAACACUGGCCUUGGUAAAACACAUCUGUCACGACACGCUUUAUAUACAUUGUUAAGUCCUUAUGUCCCGCUGGGUAUCCUCAGUCCGUGCCGCGCGCCUUGCCGAGCCCAGAGUGAGAAGACUGAUGCGACAGUGGUCACAGCCGUUGCUGUAACAGGCUCUCCUGCUCUCUCCUCUGCACCUUGACCGCCUCUUUCAAACCUACUUUGCGCUCAGCAAGUGUUUAGGAAGUGUCCACGGUAACAGAGAAAGCCAGCCUGCACUGAGCACUUACCUUUGCGUGUGUGGUGGGAGCCAGGGACACACAGUGGGGCGCAUACCUCCCCUGUUCUGCCAAGCUCUGGGCCACUGCUGCUCCCUCACACACCAGGGACUUAGAAGGAUUACUCUAUUAAUCACCUAAGGACACAAAUUUACAGGCGACACUUCCUCCAGUGCGGGCUCAGGGUUUGAUUGUAUCCCAUAAUUGGGAGGACUGAUGUUGAUUUAUGUCUGGAGAUUUUCUUUAGCAUGAUAAAUAUCUAGCUCUGCUAGUUGCAAGCAUUACCAAAUGAUUUAACACUAUGAAAUCUAAACACAGCACAAAGAUAAAGGCAAAAAGCAAAGCAAAACUGAACCAAAUGAUGUUGAAAUUAACUUGACGUCAGUCUCAAGGCCACUGAUGUCUGUACCAGUAAAUGCAUAUUUUAGAAUAUUGGAGUUUCGAGUGAGCCAGAGGUCUCCUAUGCACAUACUCUACAGAGUGUAAGGUAGACAAGAGACGUCUCAAUUUGUAAAACGUCUGUGGGUGACAAAGCAGUGUCAAGAUUAGAUCUGAUGACUGUUUAUGAAGCAGGCCUCUCAGAGAAGUAAGACACAGCAGCCGAGACCCGAGGUGGAGAGGCUCGCUUAUGCGGUCCCUGGUCAGUGCACAGACCAGCACUGCCUCUGCCCGUCUGAGACGGGUCCAUCGUCGUUAGUGACAGAGAUCAAAACACUGUUCUGCUUCUAGUGAUUAAAAUCAAAACCUGUAUCAGCAAGUUAAACUGUUGCAUUUCUGUAAUUUUUGUCUAUUAUUCUUUGAAGCAAGUUGGCAGAAGUUCUUUGUAGAAUUCUUACAGGUCAGAUCUUGUUACAGGGAAUUUCAGACGUUUGUGAGAGGGGAGAGAAAAGGCUAGAUCAGUCGCAUCAUUUCAUCAUGUUAAAUUGCUGGGCUGAAUUCUGCCAGGAUUUGGGGCUAUUUUCGUAACAGUUUGUGGUUAGGUGUUAUUUGUAUCCCUAUAUUGCAGAAAAUACUAUUACCAAUCUUACUCCUAAAGGUACUCAGUGUGGAAACUUCUAGCACUUAUUCUUUUCCAUCUUUUCAUGUUACUUUAUUAUGCUGAGUCUCACCAAACUGAAAAAAAAAAAAAAAAUGGUGGAGGUGGGGAUAUUGGGAAAGCUGUACAAGGCAAGAAAGGUCUAGAAUCCCCAGGGUAUUUUUUUCCUUCAGAAAAGAACAUCAGAGAGCUUGGCAGAAACUGUGGCCCACUUAGGAAAAAAGAAAAGCCCACUUACCUUGUUUUAAGUCUUAAACCAUAGUACAUUUUCCUUUUAUGUGGACAAUAGUAAGUCAAUUCUUUGAUAGAGUAAAUAUAAAAUCUUGUUUUUGGAAAAUAAGCUAUUAGCAUUUAUUAAUAAACCCUGUUGUGACAUUUCUUAAAGAGAAUACGCACUCCUAGCAAGCUCUGUCUCCAGAUGCAAACCAGCCUUCUGCUUGUCACAAUUCCACACUAAAUUUCUAUAUUAAAUUAGAUCAAGGGCUUUCAGACUUUAACAGCUAUGGAACAGUUCUUAGAUGCCUUAAAUUUUAAAAGGCAUCAAUUAAUGUCUUAAAAUAAAGGCAGAUUUGUUUAA